ACCGUAGUAAAAGCAUAAAAAGUCUGUAUAAAACAGACCACUACAGGGUCACUACAGAGACGUUUUCAGUCAGACAGUAAAGGAAUCACGUUGAAACACGUUGAAGCAUCACACAAAUAUCACAGACAUGGAUUUUCCUCCCUAUGUGUCUACAUUUCAUUGGACAGCAGGUAAUCAGCGAGAGUUUGCACAUCACACUCUGGAGCCCUCCAUAUGCACUAAGGUGAUGAUGAACCAGCUGAUGCCUUUUUUCCCUCCUUUGCAUUUGCCUUGAAAACCCGGGGCAGCCUUCUGCUUUAAGAUGCCCUCCCCGGACCCGAGAAGUGGCCCAAUCGCCCUCCUUUCUCAGUCACCUGAUUCAUGUACUGCCAUUUUACACACAAGUUUGACUGAUGAAAAAAAAUCGGAAUUGGUCCUAUCGGCAACCCGAGCACAGAAAGUACACCCUUUUUGUGAGAAGAUUAAAAAGACAGGGGGGGGGGGAUCAGAAAAAAAAAAAAAUCAAGAGAGGCUGAGGUUAGAUGCAGCCAGCGCGGGGUGCUGUGCGGAUCAGAGAGGUGCUUACGGUCGGAUAUCUGCAUAGAUUCACGGGAGAAACCGGGUGAAGAGGAGGAGAAAAGGGGAAAGGACAAUGCUGUUUUAUAUCGUCUUUGAUGAAUGAGUUUUAGAUAUAGGGGAUGCCGCAUAGAUUUGAUUAUAAUCACCGGUAGUCUUUCGAUUAUUUCGGAUUCAGCUCUCGUCCAGGCGCAUCCCGCCGGCGUCUCACCCUUGUCAGCGGCUAUUUCAGGGAUACAUUACAGCUUACUGUACAUUGUCUUAUAUUAUUAUACUAAGCUGCUUUUGAUGCAGGUCGGUCAUUGAUUUUUUUUUUUCAUUGAUCAGCUUUAAAAAAAAAUAAAAUAAAAUUUAGGUUCAUAUUUGAUUUCUGCAGCUGGAUCAUCCUGAUGCCUUCGACUGAAUUUUAAAUGCUUCCCUGGAUGUGACCGUCUUAUGUUUAAUUUGGCCGCCGCAUGAAUUCUCCCACCGGAUCCUCGUCGGUGUACGCUGCUGCUGUCCUCCACCACCACCACCUCCUCCUCCUCCUCCUCCUCCUCCUGCUCAGACGGCCGAUUCUCGCAGAGGGCACUACCCUCCUCCCUGCCGCUAAAGACAUUUUGAUCGCCCUCCCCGGUUCCCCCCACCCGGACUCGACCAUCACUCCGCCUGCCUCCUCAUCCGCCGCCACCACCUCCACAACCACCACCACCACCACCACCACCACCUCCUCCUCCUUCUCCGUAACAUGUCGGGACAGUCUUUGACGGACCGGAUCGCCGCCGCGCAGCACAGCAUGACCGGGUCUGCCAUCAGCAAAGCCGUCUGCAAGGCCACGACGCAUGAAGUCAGCGGACCCAAGAAGAAACACCUUGACUACCUGAUCCACUGCACCAAUGAGAUGAACGUCAGCAUCCCCCACCUGGCAGACACACUGCUGGAGCGUACAGCCAGCAACAGCUGGAUAGUGGUUUUCAAAGCGCUCAUCACCACACACCACCUCAUGAUGUACGGCAACGAGAGAUUGAUGCAGUACCUUGCCUCCAGAAACACGCUCUUCAACCUCAACAACUUUCUAGAUAAGGCUGCACUACAAGGGUAUAACAUGUCAACUUUCAUCAGACGCUACAGCCGCUACCUGAAUGAAAAAGCCAUGUCGUACAGACUAGCAGCGGUGGACUUCACCAAGAUGAAGCGAGGGGCUGACGGCGUGAUGCGCACCAUGAACACAGAGAAGCUGAUUAAGACUCUGCCUGUCAUUCAGAACCAGCUGGAUGCACUGCUGGAUUUCCAGCCUAACUCCAACGAGCUGACCAAUGGAGUGAUCAACACAGCUUUCAUGUUGCUCUUUAAAGACUCCAUACGGUUGUUCGCUGCUUACAAUGAAGGGGUCAUCAACAUGCUGGAGAAAUACUUUGACAUGAAGAAGAACCAGUGCAAAGAAGCUUUGGAGAUCUACAAGACCUUCCUCAACAGGAUGACCAAACUGUCCGAGUUUCUCAAAGUGGCAGAGCGAGUUGGGAUAGAUCAGGGCGACAGCCCCGAUCUCACACAGGCUCCCAGCUCUCUCCUGGAGGCUCUGGAGCAGCAUCUAGCCUCUCUGGAGGGCAGGAAGCUCAAGGACCUCUCCACAGCCAGCAGAUCCAGCACCUUGUCCAGUGCAGUGUCCUCUCUCUCCAGCACUGGGAUCUCUCUCAGCCGUAUGGACGACAAGACAGAGGACAACAGGCUGCAGCAACACAAGGAGGACGGUCAUAAGGUGAUUGACAUUCAGACACCCAAUGUGUCACCCAGCACCCAGUCAGUGGGCAGUGCCAACAGCAGCGGAGGAGCCACAGAUCUCUUCUCCAACUCACCCAUCGUACCCGUCAACAACCAUGUGCCAAACCUGACCAGUGAGCUGUUCACCCUGCAGCCAAACUUCACCCCCAUCCAGACCACACACACUGUGCCCAACAAUAACAAUGCCUGGGGAGGUGACCUGCUGAAGCCAGCCCCACCAACUCAAAUUCACAGCCCAGGAGCCCCAUUGCACUCUGGGAAAAUGCUGCCCAAUGAUUUGGAUUCAUCAUUAGCCAACCUAGUUGGUAACCUGCAGUUUGGAGGGACGCCAGCUAAAAAGCCGGAGCUCCAGUGGAGUCAGCUGGUAGAGAAGAAGCCAACAGGAGGGAGCGGCUGGCAGUCAAAGACCAUGUGCACCAGCACCAACUGGACUCACACCACCCAUCCCAUGGCACCUGCACCCAUGCCCGUCCCUCAGAUGAAUGGGAUGAUCUAUACUGGCUAUGCUCCAGCACCAGUGGCUUUUCCUAUGACGACACCCCAAGUGCCUGUGUAUGGAAUGCUCCCUCCUCAGAUGAGUCAUCAGAUGGGGGGCGUUCCCAUGAUGCCCCCACAGCCUGUCAUGUACAACCAGCCUGUCCUGAGACCUACCAAUCCCUUUGGACCCAUCCCGGGGACACAGAUGCACUUCAUGUAGGGAUGAUGAUGUAACCAUGGCAGCAAAGCUGAAAGAGAGAAGGCGAGAGGAAAGAGAUGAAGAGAAAGAGUCAAAGAAAAACAAAUCCAGAACCAAAUCCAGUGCAGGAAGAAGAAAAGACCAGGACAGAGAGGAGAAAGGGAGGGGAGAGGAAGAAGGAGAGAGGACCAGAAGACGGAUAAAGGAUGAAAUGCUGAUGUCUGUUUCUGUGUCGCCUGACCCUCUAAUCUCCUCUCCUCUCUCCAUGCGGCUACUGAUCUCUCUGUCUUUGAAUCUAUAAUGCCGGGGCGCCAGAGGCUCUGCAUCAGUCCCACUCAUGUUCUGUUUGAUUUGCCAGUUUAGACGGCGAAUAUGACCUGUGAUGACGCUACAAAGACUGACAACUCUAUGGAAGCGCAGAGGCUUCCUGACCUCUUCAUCCGAGACAGUUUCCUGUACAAAAACUUACUCACUUCCCUCUCCAUCCACGACUGAAUCAAACUCGGGAGGACGCACGUCUCUUUCUCUGAUUGGAUCGUUUGCUGGCACUUUACUCUAUGUGAACUUUGCCAAGGGCGUACGUCUGUGUAGGUGAUUUUUAGCAUCGUGUUCAGAUUGGUUCCCGGUUGCGCAUCAUCCAUCACCUGAUGUCAGAAGUGAUCGAUUUGAAUGCGUGUGUGCGUGUCCCUUUUUCUACAUUUCAGUGUGCUGCAUCAACAUUACUGUUUGAGUGUUUUUAUGAGCUCCAUUUGUUCUUAAUUGCCAACUUCACAUCGAGAAUCCGGUGUGGAACGAUAAUUUGCGGGCACGCUUGUGUGCGGUAUGUGUGUGUGUGGAUGGACAUAGCUGUGUAGGGUAUGUACUGUAUGUGUUUCUCUUUUGGUACCUGAUGUCAUUACUGUGUUGCCAGGUACCAAUGUGUUACUGCACUGGAACUAACUGAUGAAAGCACUGAGCCACACCCGGGCAUCGCAUUUGGAUGUAAAACAAACCUCGUACACUAACUUUGCUACUUGGGGACGUGCUGUACACACUGUACACUGUAUUUUGUUCUUUUUUUUCCUCCUCUACAGCUGUGCAAUAUCAUGCAACCUUGUCACUGUCUUCUCCACCCAUCUGUAACCUGUUUAGAAGCUGUUUCCUGCUGUAGUGUUGUACCUCUUGUGUGUCCACAUUAGGUUUCUGUACAGAAUGUUUUGUUUUUCCCUUUUAAUGUGUUGCGUUUCACCCGUACUGCUCUUAAAGUAGUGAAAAAUGCACUGAGAGCCAAAUUAGAGUCGUGACUGGAUAUUAGUAAGGAGGCUGGUCUAACCCCCAACUGUUCGAUGUCCUCCCUGUCCUGAGCAUUAGUCCUGUCCAAAAUUAGUCUCUUGUGAAGUCCUUUACACUCUAGAAAAACUGGAUAAGGGUAAUUACCGCAGCAGAUGUCUCACCUCCACUUGGAGGGCAUAAAAGAUAUUGCUAACACAGAGAUAGGCUCAUUAAUGCAGUGUUAACAUUUGUGGACAGGAUAGAUAAAGGUCAGUCGGAGGAGUCAAAUGAGGACCAGACCGUCGGAAAGCAACUGAGCGUAAUGGCUGUCGAUCAUGACCCUAGUAAUGCCUGCAGUGACGACAUACAGAUUAAUUCAGUCAGCCAGAGGCGGAGAGGCUUUAAUGAGACGUUAAAUGUUAAUGUGGCUUUUCUGGCAGAUCCAAGGUCAAGUCGGACCCACAGACAAUAUAUAGAUAUAUAUAUAUAUAUGAAUAUAUAUACAGCACAAACCUUCAAAGAGGGGACAAUGCUCUGCUGCACAAAAACCUAAAAUCAUUGCUGGGAUGUACAGUUGAAAGGGGCAAUAAUCGAUUGGGGAUGAAGUCGUUUUCUAUUGAUUGUGUCUGUUCUAUGUACAUGUACUGUACGUGUGUUUGUGUGCACAUGCCUUCCCAUAGAGAUAAACAGGGUCAUGUUCCUCUGUUAGAGAUGAAAGGUCUCUGGCGAGCCGGUAGCGUGUACUAACUUAGCAGUGAGUGUUAUUGUGACCGUGUCUCAGUCUGUACAAUACAAUGUCAAUUUAAGGCGGCUCGAGGAUCACUCAUCUGCUGAAAAACGCAAAAAAAAAACAAACAAAAAAAAAACAAACAAAAAAAGCCCUGAGUCGUCUGUCCUGGAAUCUCAAAGUGAAUUUAAGGCGAACAUCUCUUGACAGCUGGAGCUGUGCAGGGUGGUGGUUUCUAACAGAAUCACGUCGUCAUGAUUCAUCUUUGAACUGUAACUGCUGGCUUCGUGAAAAAUCAGUCUCCCCCUGUACCUGCAGCUACGACUCUACUACCAGCGGAGAGAGACUUCUGUGUUAGGAAUCAUCUCCAAGCAAACAGAUAUUCCCUGAGGUUCCCACAUAACAGGCCAGCUGACAUUUGGAUAUCUCCUUUGGAAAAUUGUUGUUUCACUCUUCCCCAUUAUUCCUUGUUCCGGUGGUUUGUCUUUCUCUGUCAGCUGAAUGCUCUUUUCAUUGUGCACUUCAUUCCCACGACGCAGCUCGAUCCAUCCUGGGCCAACCUCUGACUGUUACUGUGUCCUCUGUAUAUAGGUAAUGCCGUUCAUGUGUUUUUAGACGUGCUCUCUCUGUAAAGUGAUUGAAGCCCCAUUGGAUGACGUUACCGUACGUGGGACAAUUUAUUGCUGUAUCUGUGUUUGAAUGGUUGUAUUUUGAAGGUGUCAUCAUCCAGGGAUGGGUGGGGGUGGGUGGGGUUGAUGUUUGUGAUGUUUGUGUCCAUCUUGAGGAGGAAGGGGGUGGGUUCAGGGGGUGGGUUCAGGGGUAACUAUCACAACUGGUCUAUACCAAGAGUGUCUUCAUCAAGGAAGUGGACAGGACAGGGUCUGUCCUCUUCGAAAACAGGAACAUUUUUUUGCACCAAAGUCAUCAUCAAAGCGCAGCUUCUUCUUAUUCAAGGUCACAACGGAUGGAUGAUAUCAGAACUCAAAAGGAUUUUUUCGUUCUUUUAUUUUUAGAGACAAAGAAACUGUCCUUUUUUUGCAUGAUUAAGUGUCGUCUUUUUAUUGGCUUGUGUGCCCGGUAAAAGCAUGACCAUUGUGUGAAUUCUCACUUACCGGUGUGUUUGGAAAAUGUUACGGAAAUUUCUCCAUGAGAUUUUUUACUUACCUCUUGACAUGAACAUUCAUUGACAUUCAUAAUCAACUGUUUUACAAUGUAGGGUCUGUAACUGUUUGAAGGCUGCCUCGCAUGCAGAAAUGCAACUUGCAAGUAACCCAUCAAACUUCAAACCCAGUUACCAUAACGGCAUCUUUGUAAAACACCAUGGAUGUCAAUACCAGUUAUCACCUAGCUAGCUAGACAUUGCAGUCUUGUAAAAUCGCUCUUUAUUAAAGCGUUGCUAUUUUCAAUA